ACAAUAACAAGAAAGCCGUGAGGCAAGACUGACACUGCGCCGGUGAAGCGCGUGGCGUGCCGACCAGUGCCGGCCCGAAGCUUUUCCUCGACGCCCCCUCCCCUCCUUCCCCCGCAUCAGCGCUACCAUCUCUUUUCGCAAGCCAUCCUCGUGCGCACGCCCGGUGCGAGGCUAUCUACACCGCCACGCCCUUCCGCCAAAGGACCUGUUGCGGCCACCGUGUUCCUACUUGCGGUCCAAGCUGGUCCAAGUCGCCGAGCUGUGAUGGACUUAACGGGGACGCCGGGCGUGACGGCGCCGCGACGACACUCGUGAAGCCAACGGUGACCUCAAGACAGUGUGGGCGCGCGGCUCAGCCCGCGAGUGCGUGCAAAGUGUGUGCAGUGCAGUGAACUUCGCCACAGGAUAGACCGAGCGCCCACCAUGCUCAAGAUUCAUUUUCUGGACCACCUGGUCGAGGAGGAUGACAGGCGCCAGCAGAUGGAAGGGCCGCUCCUCAAGGGAUCCUACGACCCGGACACCGGCCAGGAGAAAAUCAAGGGCGCGACGCAGGACCUGUUCGAGUUGCUGGAGCGCGUGCAGAGCAGCCGACUGGACGACCAGCGAUGCGUCCUGCCGCCGUACUUCUCUCAGGCGUCUCGCGAGGAGAGGUCGUCGUCAUGCUCGACCCCCGCCGCGUCGUCCGCCCCCGCCGCGGUGUCGGCGUCGCAGCGGCAGCUGGAGGAGGCGCUGACGCGGCCCGCGCCCUUCCCCAUGAUCGUGCUGCCCCCCGAGGGCCAGCAGGGCUGCCCGCCGGGCGCCCAGGGCGGCCGCGGCUACUGGGUGGACGGCGCCGAGCACGAGUGCGCCUUCGACACGCUGGGCAACCCCGUGCUGCCGCACGCCGACUGGCGCGCGCACAAGUUCGAGACGGACGAGACGGCGCGCUGCUACCGCCGCUUCUUCGUCGGCAGGGAGCACAGCAACUGGGUGGGCGUGGACGACGCCCUGGGCCCCAUGCUGCUGUCCCUCAAGGUGGAGCAGGAGCACGCGCGGCUGCUGCUGCGGCUGCGGACGGGCACGGUGCACGAGCUGCUGCCGUCGUCGUGCCUCGCCGCGCACCCCUCGCCCGCCGCCCUCGCCAAGCUCCUGAACGACGGCCUGACCGUCGACCGUGUGUCCCCCGUGCUCUGUCCGCGCGCUUCCCAGUUGAUAGCGGCCUACGACGAGCACGUCAUCGUGUCCAACUUCAAGUUCGGAGUCCUGUACCAACGCUUCGGCCAGACCUCCGAGGAGCAGCUCUUCUCAAACCGCCACUCUUCCCCUGCUCUGGAAGAGUUCCUGCAGGUGCUGGGACGCCGCAUCCAGCUCAAGGACCACAAGGGGUACCGAGGGGGUUUGGACACUCAGUUUGGACAGACCGGGGACGAAGCCAUUUAUGAUGUGUUCAAAGACAGAGAAAUCAUGUUCCAUGUUUCCACCAUGCUGCCUUACACAGAAAAUGACCCCCAGCAACUGCAGCGGAAAAGGCACAUUGGAAAUGACAUUGUAGCUGUUGUUUUUCAAGAAUCCAACACACCCUUUUCGCCAGACAUGAUUGCCUCUCACUUUUUACAUGCCUACAUUGUGGUCCAAGUCUUGGAACCCAACACUCCAAACACUAGGUAUAAAGUUAGUGUCACUGCGAGAGAUGAUGUACCAUUCUUUGGCCCAGCCCUUCCUAGCCCAGCAGUGUUUAGGAAGGGGCCAGAAUUUCGAGAGUUUCUUCUAACAAAGCUCAUCAAUGCAGAGAAUGCCUGCUACAAAGCAGAAAAGUUUGCUAAGCUGGAGUUGCGAACGCGUUCUUCACUCCUUCAGUCAUUGGUGGAUGAGCUGCAAGACAAGUCUCAAAGCUUUGUAGGGGGAACGUCAGGAAGUACAAGUUCCACCCCAGACACCCCUAAAUCAGAAGGCAGUGGUGGAGCUGGGAGUAGGUUUAUUGAUACUGUCAGAAAAGCACUUUCUACCAAGGGAAGGUCUCAAAGUAUUGAACAAAACUUAAAUAAUAACAACAAUAACAACAACCCCACUCAUCAGAACGGCAUGCGAAAAUCUUCUGCUGCUCAAAUUGCUCAGUCGUCACUGGGAAACAGUUCGGAAGGAACUACACCAGCUUGUGUGAGGUCUCAGUCCAAGUCUGUUUCAUCUAACAAGAAAAGUUCUCCUUCAUCGCCUGUGUCCAGUCCUGACAUGUAUGCACAUCGCUCUCAAAGGGUAACCCUGUCAGAAAGCGAUUCAUCAUCAUUGAACAGCAUGGACCUGGAUGUAGCAGUUUACGUGGACAGCGACACAGGACUAGAGAGCAUGUCUUCAGCUGAAACACCCCACAAAAGUGGUCCCAAUGGCACUCCACACUGUCAUGCCUGUAGCUGUAACAAUACAAGUGGAUCCACUAAUAGCAGUGGAACUGGAAGCACCGAUGGCAUUGUACCAUCAAAUGGAGUCAGCAUUCAAACUGGAACAGGGUGCUGUGGUGACAAACCAAACACAGAUUCACUGAGGCAAGAAGUUACCAGAUUAAAGUGUGAUAAGCUGGAUCUCUUGCGGCAGAAUGUGACUUGCCAAAGAGAUAUCAAGCGGUUACGUGAGAAAGAGUUGCAGCUUCAAUCUGACCUGGCCGCUGCAUCAAAAGAGAUCCUUCGGUUGAGAGAAAUGCUGAAGGACUUCGGAAGCAGUGGAGAGGGAUCGCCAGUGUAGCUUAGUGUGCAAGCCCUGUGACUGACAAAACUUGAAUGUGAUCUAGCCAAAGUUAAUGUUUACCAGUUAAGAAAUCAGCAUCUUGAUUAGAUGAUUUGUCGUGUUAUGAGUUCAGAACUUGAGCAAAAAUGUAACUAAAUUAUUUGUAGCAUUUUGAUGCAAGGAACAAGUAUGGUUGAAUUGAAUUCAACAGAAGGUUUAGUCAAAUGGAGAAACAAUGCCUCAUAUCAUUGGCGUGCACUAAACAGACAAGAAUUUCCUAUAUUACCUUGUGUAGAGACAUUGCUUAUUGUUUGGACAGUUGCACACCUCAGAAAAUCUUCUGUACUAGACUCAGCAUGUUUGACACUCUAUGAUAGAUGUGAUCUAAUAAUUUAUUGUUGUUUGUAUAUAUUUUUGUUUCUUAAUGUUAGAUGUUUCCGUACUGUUGAUCCAAUGAGUUCAAAAUUCUUUUCUUUCUGAAGAUAUAUAUAUAUUUUAUAGCACAUGAUGAUGAAUUUCAUCUUUUGCAGUUGUAACAGGUUUUGUUUGAAUCUUCCCAAAAUAAAUACUACAGAACCCAAUAACAGCAGUAUAAGAAGCACAAACGACUAUGCAACAUUGUAAUGUGCAUAUUUUUUCAUCUGGAUUCUCGAUUUUUUUUAUAUAUAUAUCUUGUUGAUUGUGUUGUUAACUCGAAGUUCACCACUAAGUUAUAUUAAUAUUGAGUGUAGUCUAUCUUUCUUGUAUAUUCUUGCAUCCUAUAACAGUUUAAGAUAUUAAAUUGAAAAUUGUUUUUGUAACAUCCUUGUUAAGUAUUUGUCCUAUGAAUACCAUUUUGCAUGCUUUAAUUAGCAUUCUGUGGUGAAAACAUCAUAAUUAUGGAGAUGAGAAAACUUUGUCUUAUUUACCAAUAGACUAAAGCAUUUCUGAAAUUGCAGCAUUUUGCAGAAUUUUCUGCAUUGAACUUAGAGUGGCAUUUCAAUUACUAAAUUUCGAGUCUGGCUUCUAAUUGUUUCCUGCAAAAUGAUGCAUUGGGUUUUCAUGAUAUGAAUCAUUAUGCCGGAAACACUUAACAAGCUCAGUACUUGCAACUUUUCUGUUCAAUUUAGCACGUUUGUGUGCUUGCGCAUAUGCACUCUUGAAACAUAAAGCACAUACCAAAGCUAACAUUCCUCAAGUCAGUAAGCAUUGAUAGUAUGCUGUAUAUAUGUUAUUGUAAAGUAGAAAAUUACCUGUUUUAUUCCUUAGAGAAUUAUUAGUGUCUCCCCCUCCCCCCAAAGGCUAUAUAUUGUAACACACAAUUUUGGUUUUGUAUAUACUAGUUAUGUAUGUAUUACUGUAGUUCUUGCAAUAUUCAAUUCUGCAUCUAGUAAUUACUUUCUCAGAAAUUUAGCCAUCAUCUUUUGUGAAUCACUCUGAAAUCAUGACAGUUGUCUCGAAGUUGGCAUACCUCUGCUUAAUACAAAAUAAUUCAUCAUCAGAAAGCUAAAAUAACUUGAUGCAGAUUUUGUUUACCUGGUGCGCAAGAGCAGUUUCCAAAUGGUCUUUGUAUAUAGUUAAGGUCUUUAUCAAUUGUUACCAUAUCCUCAAGACCUGAACUGUAUACUUUGCCUAAAAGAUUAUUUCAUAAAGUGCCUCAUAGAUGUUUAUCAAAGAAAGUGUACAUUUGAUUUACUCGAACCAAGAUUGACAUGACAUUGCAAGAUGUGACUUCUGUGACUAUGCUUAUUUGGUGUCAAUUUUUUUUGGAUUUUGGGAAAAAGAUAUUUUGCUAUGUACCAAAAUUUAAAUUUCAGUAAUCAAGCUGCUUAGCUGUCACAUACUUGACAUAUAUUUGAUUUUCAGUGUAAUAGUAUGGAAGAAUUUGUCGAUGCUUAUGUCUGUGCAACUUCAAGUUCAAGAGAGAAUAUUAAAUUAUAUAACAUUA